CUGCUAUUUUCAUUUCCUCAUGAGAAGAAGAAGCACAGUAGAGAAGAAAGGCAGAGCCAGCACACUGAACCUUUGCUAACAUGGGGAACUGGGCUGUUAAUGAAGGACUCUCCAUCUUUGUUAUUCUGGUGUGGUUGGGGCUGAAUGUCUUCCUCUUUGUCAAGUACUACAAGGUUUAUGAUGAAGAGCCUAAGUAUAAUUAUACUCGAAAACUCCUUGGAUCAGCACUGGCUCUGGCCCGGGCCCCUGCAGCCUGCCUGAAUUUCAACUGCAUGCUGAUCCUGCUGCCAGUGUGCCGGAAUCUGCUCUCCUUUCUCAGGGGUUCCAGCGCGUGUUGCUCGACAAGAAUUCGAAGACAACUGGACAGGAACCUCACUUUCCAUAAGAUGGUAGCUUGGAUGAUAGCACUGCACACAGCCAUUCACACCAUUGCACAUCUCUUCAACGUGGAGUGGUGUGUCAACGCCAGAGUCGGGGUUUCCGACCCAUAUUCCAUAGCGCUCUCUGACAUUGGCGACAACGACAAUGAAGAGUAUCUCAAUUUUGCUAGGAAAAAGAUCAAGAACCCUGAAGGGGGCCUGUAUGUGGCUGUGACUCGGUUGGCUGGCAUCACAGGAAUUGUCAUCACACUGUGUCUCAUACUGAUCAUCACAUCCUCUACCAAAACCAUUCGGAGGUCUUACUUUGAAGUGUUCUGGUAUACACACCAUCUCUUUGUGAUCUUCUUCAUCGGCCUUGCCAUCCAUGGAGCUGAACGAAUUGUACGCGGACAGACUUCAGACAGUUUGAAAGAGCAUAAUUUAGAUUUCUGUGCAGACAAAAUCAAAGACUGGGGAAAAAUAAAGGAGUGCCCAGUACCAAAGUUUGCCGGAAACCCUCCUAUGACUUGGAAAUGGAUAGUGGGUCCCAUGUUCCUGUACCUCUGUGAGAGGUUGGUCCGGUUUUGGCGUUCUCAACAGAAGGUGGUCAUCACCAAGGUGGUCACUCACCCUUUCAAAACCAUCGAGCUUCAGAUGAAGAAGAAGGGAUUCAAGAUGGAGGUGGGACAGUACAUUUUUGUCAAGUGCCCCAAGGUAUCCAAGCUAGAGUGGCACCCAUUCACACUGACCUCUGCUCCUGAGGAAGACUUUUUUAGCAUCCAUAUCCGUAUUGUGGGAGACUGGACGGAGGGGCUAUUCAAUGCUUGUGGCUGUGAUAAGCAAGAGUUCCAAGAUGCCUGGAAACUACCUAAGAUAGCAGUUGAUGGGCCCUUUGGUACAGCCAGUGAGGAUGUGUUCAGCUAUGAGGUGGUGAUGUUAGUGGGAGCUGGGAUUGGAGUGACACCCUUUGCCUCCAUUCUCAAGUCUGUCUGGUACAAAUAUUGCGAUAAUGCCACCAGUCUGAAACUCAAAAAGAUCUACUUCUACUGGCUGUGCAGGGACACACAUGCCUUUGAGUGGUUUGCAGACCUGCUGCAGCUGCUGGAGACACAGAUGCAGGAAAGGAACAAUGCCGACUUCCUCAGCUACAACAUCUACCUUACUGGCUGGGAUGAAUCUCAGGCCAAUCACUUUGCUGUGCACCAUGAUGAGGAGAAAGAUGUGAUCACAGGUCUAAAACAGAAGACUCUGUAUGGACGACCCAACUGGGAUAACGAGUUCAAGACCAUUGCCAGUGAACACCCUAACACCAGAAUUGGCGUUUUCCUGUGUGGCCCCGAAGCCUUGGCUAAAACUCUCAGUAAACAGAGCAUCUCCAACUCAGAGUCCGGCCCACGUGGAGUCCACUUCAUUUUCAACAAGGAAAACUUCUAACUCAGCUCUUUCACCGGGAAACCAGUAUAUGUUGCCAAAUGUCCUGAUAUUGCCAUUUGAUAGUAGGAGAGGUGGAGGAAAGGAAACCAUAAUGACACAGGCCCCCCCCCCACAAAGAAUUCCAAAGAGUGUUGCUAGUUAUAGGACACAUUUACAUGGAGGUUCACAGUUUCAGAGCACUUUUUAUAAACAUUGUUAUGUUGCAUUGUUUCGUAUUUCCCUCUGCCAUGCCAGAGAGGGUAAGGCAAAAGCAUUUUCUGGGCCUCGUUCUAGGGUAAACAAUAGGAGCUCAAAUGAGUUCAGCACCUUCCUUCUGAUUCAGAAGCUGAAAUGAGAUCUAGGCCAUCCGACUCUGGGUGUGGUCAUCUUUUCACAUUUAAUACCAGGUUGUCUCAAGACUCAGUUUUUAUACUCUCCCCCAACCCAAAAAGCAAAUCAAAGAGUAGCUCAUCAUUCUUCAUUUUUUGUUUCAUCUUUAACCUGAGCAUCAUGCUAAAGAGACUUUUUUAAUAGAGGAGAUAGUGAUGCUGAUGGUGACUUAAUACUUCCUAAUGACAGUAUUGACACAGAAGUAGACUCCAGUUUCACCAGCACAACAGCGUGACUGGGUCAGAGAUGAUUCCUACUAAGAAAUAUUAGACUGAUUGGAGUUAAAGUAGCACUCUGCAUUUGUCACAGUGUUUAGCAGAAUUGGUGUUCAAGGUCAACUUAUUGAAUGAAUGAAUAAAUGAAUGAACACGCAGGUGCAAGCAUUCAGAACUAUGUCAUAAUGGGAUGCAUGGCUAGAAAUAGCAUUACCCUUCUGUUUCUUUUACACACCAAAGUUUCCUGAUUUCCCUGACAGUAGAGAGAAUGAUAUGAACCAGUAGGAUGGCCUGACCCAGUGUAUUCAUCCAACCAUUAUUUGGAGGCAGGAGGGAUGAAUUCAGAGACUUAUCCUCCUAUGAUGAUGCUGGCUAAGUCUUCUAGUUCUAGUCUGUAAGCUGGAAAAGAAAAACACAUUCAUUUACUGACAGGAAUGGUGUGCUCCAGCAAACCCUUGUGAAUUUUGAACUGAAUUCUAGCAAAUGUAUACCUGAUAAGCCAUAUCCUGCUUAGAGUCCAUUUCUUCUUUGGCUUAAAUACCUACACAAAUAGCUCUUAUGUGUAUAGACAAUAACUUGUUUUUUUUUUUAUUACAACAUUUUCAUCACCAUCUUUCUAAAAUAUAAACCCUAGAAACUGUAAUCCCCAAAUAACUGGGUUGAUAGUAAAAUCACACCCAAUAUUUUAUGGGUAUCCAAAAAUGCAAGACAGAGUGUAGAUCACUGCUAGAGUAGUCACAUAUGAUAAAAAAGAUACUCUCAUUUCUAGGAACUAAAAGCAUUUCUGAUUGCCACCCCCACCCCCCCCACCCCCACCCCCACAACACCAGGGAAACAAAGAUUUCUAACUGUUCAGCUUUGGUAAUGAGGAAGGAAGAGUAGAGGGCAGAGGCCUUGAUGGAGAGAAAGCCUGGCAACAACAGGAGAGUAAAGAAAGCACAGCACUUACAAGGGAAGUGUCAGGGGAAAGAGUUUCACUGUGCUUGGGAUUCACCCUCCGUUUCUACUUGCAAUCACGCAAUCACGAGUUUAGUUCUGAUCACAAAUUUUGCUAUUGUAUGGGCAUUUUGAAGGGACUAGAAGAUGUGAGAGCUCAGAUUCUCCUUAUAUUCCUGCUAUGCCCUUGUUCUCUUAACAUCCUUACAACACUGAAGGCUGGUUCUGGCAAAUAAGGCCUUCCUUAUUUGUGCACAUAGCACCAUGAGAAUUGUCGCCCUUGAACAAAGGUCCAGACAGACCCUUUGUGUUACACCCCAGGCAUUAGUUCAUUCAUUCAACAUACAUUUGUUUGGUAUAAUUAAUAGGAAUCCAUUUUAAUUAUUUGUGGCAAAGUUUGAGCUAGAGGGAGGUUUCAGUUACAAGGACUCUGAAAAUACCUUUCUAACAAAAGUGGUAGUGAGUCUGUUGCUCCAAGAAUGUUUCUCCGGUUUUCUGGUUUUUUUUUUCCUUUUUUCUUUAUUCUUUUUCACACACAUAGAUCCAGACCACAGCCUCCCUCCUGUCCCUCUCCCAGCCCGGCUUCCACACCUCCUUUCCCCCAGGUCCAUUGCUCCUCUGUUUCCUUUCAAGAGAGAGAGAGAGAGAGAGAGAGAGAGAGAGAGAGAGAGAGAGAGAGGCAAGCCUUCCGGGAUAUCAACUGAGCACAGCAUAACAAGAUGCAACAAGACGAGACCUAAACCCUCAUAUUAAGGCUGGAUGAGGCGACCCAGAAGGAAAAGGGUCCCAUAAGCAGGCAAUAGUUGAUAUCAACAUAGUUCCCAAAAUAGAGAUCUAUCCUGAGUUAUUCUGGUUAUGACAUGGAAAAUGAGCGCACAUGUGCUUCUUGUUUGAGAACUUCCUUCUUUUUCAUUCCCAAGCCCCGAGCUGCCAGCCCCCAGCACAGCUCUUUCCGUACUUAGUUCUUAGAAUUUAGUAACAGAUACUGAGAUCUGUCUUUAGUAACAAAUCUAAAAUGAGAAAAUAAGGCUAGAAGUGAUUUUCUUACUUUUUCUCGCUUUUGCAAUAUCAUGUUUAUGGAAUCUGGAUACUUGCAGCCAUUGUAUAUAAAUAGUCGGGGUGUGGGGGGACAAGAUGAUCUGAAGAUAACUUUUAGAGAUGGCUAUUAAAGCUUGCUUUGAUGCUGAAA